AUGACUUACAGUAGAUGUGGUAUUGUUGCUCUAACUGAAAGAAAGUCUCGAUUUCUUGAAAUACAAACUGAUAGAACUUCAUAUCUUCUUGGAGAUGUUGUACUUGUUACUAUUAAUGCUAAAAUGGAUCAUAUGCCAAGAUAUGAAAGUGUUGUACUCUUAGUUUCUUGUGUUGGAACAAUAAGUAGAACAUUUACUGAUGUUAAAAUGCCUCCAAACCCAAAGGUAUUAUCAAAAACAUAUUUUGAAAUGAAAAAUGAAUUUAUGAAUCAAAAUUUCCCGUUGUCAUAUAGUUUUUCAUUACCUGGAACAUCUCCUUUCACUGGUGAAGAAAGUUCAUUUGUAUUAUCAAAUUCUAUCACUUCUCAAAUCUUUAAGAUUAAUGCAAUGCACUCUUAUCGUAUUGAUUUAUUUGUUAAACAAGAAGGAAAAAUCUAUUUGGCUGAGCAGAAAGAUAUUGUUGUUAGAAGAACUUUCCAACAAAUACAACCUUCUCCUUCUUGGAACUUUGAAAUAGAUAAUUUUAAAAUUAAAAUUGUAUUAGAUAAACCUUCUUACUAUCCUCAAGAAAAUGGGUUUUUGUUAUUUGAAGUUAACAGUAAAGUUCAACGUUCAACCUCAAUUCCUAAAAUCAGUUUCAAUCAAACAUUAAUUUUUAACUUUGAUGACCAACAAAUUGUUGUCAAAAAACAAAUUAUUCCUCAAAUGUCAUUACCAGCAUUUCAACCAUAUUAUUAUGGCAAACGUCCUCUUCUUUUUAAAAUCCCUGAAGGUCUUCCUCCUUCACAUUCAACACCAUUGUUUAAAGUAGAAUAUUCAUUCGAUAUUAAUAUUGAUCUUUUUUAUGAAGGAGGAACUCAAACUCCAUUAAAAGUAAUAUUAAAAUCUACAAUAUUAGCACCACCUAAUUUAUGUGGUGCUUGUGUAUUUAUGCCUCUCAUUACUAAUGACUUUAAUCCUCCAAGUGAAAGUAUUUUAAGACCUUUUUGGCAAGAAGAUAAAUCAACUGAUACAUGUGGGAUAUGUGGAGCAAGUUUUGGUCUAAUUACUCGUCGACAUCAUUGCCGACGAUGUGGAAAAGUAUUUUGUGGAAGUUGUUGUGUUGAUAGUGUAUUGAUGAAAGACCUUGGUUUUGAUAGACCAGAACGUGUUUGUAAAAGUUGUUUCAAGUUAAUUCAGUCAAAUUAA